AUGUCUUGCGCAUGCGCGGGCCGGGCCAUCUUUGGUAUUGGGGGUGACUACUAUCGCAAGCCCAGCCCAGCCCAGCCCAUAGCUCAGCUCAGCUCAGCUCAGCUCACUCAGCUCAGCUCAGCUCAGUCCCAGCGUACUCGACUGCGAUAA